UUAAAGAUCGGUGGCUUCUCACAUUUCAUUUUCUUUGUAAAAGAGAGAGGUGUGCGAUUAUGCUCGCUUUGCUGCCGUUUUGCUUCCUUGAACCAUUGAGGUCCGAGUCUAAGCUCCUUCUCUAUCAGAAGCAGACGUGUGAUAACGCUCGUAGACACUAACUUUUCAGCAUGUAAAGAAAAGCUUGAAUGCGCUAGAAGUAUGAAGUUUUUUAGCUCUGCAAUAAUAGCUGUAUAUAGAAGAAGUUUUAGCACUCAAAGCAGCAGAACCACAAAAUAUGCUCAAAGUGUUUGCCAGAAUCGAAUCAAGAAGGAAACCAAUAGGAUCCCCAAGGCCAAAAAAACCCACCAACCUUUAUUUGAAUGGACCCAAGAACAAAAAAAUAUUUUUUCUCAUGUUCAAAGAGGUGCUUCUGUGUUUAUCACGGGCUCCGCCGGAACUGGAAAGACAGAUUUGCUUAAGCACAUUAUCGACAUUCUGAAGGAUGUUCAUGGUAAGUCUAAGGUUUUUGUCACGGCAUCCACUGGAAUUGCUGCCUGUGCACUUCAAGGGCAAACUCUUCACUCCUUUGCUAGCAUUGGAAUCCAAAAUGCUGACUCUGGAACUUUGCUGGAUAAGGUUAAAAUGAAUAAGCAUGCUUGCAAAAGAUGGAAAAAGGCGAAGGCAUUGGUUAUAGAUGAAAUUAGUAUGAUCAGUGCUGAUUUGUUCGAGAGCCUGGAAUAUAUUGCUAGAGAUAUACGGGGAUCGGAGGUGGUAUGGGGUGGAAUACAGCUUCUUGUCUGUGGGGAUUUCUUUCAGCUACCACCAGUUAUCAAACAACAGAAAUUAUCAGGCAAAGAAUUUGCAUUUGAAGCUGAUUGUUGGAAUGCAAGCUUUGACCUGCAGGUUGAGCUUACUCAGGUUUUUAGGCAGUCAGACCCUCGGCUUAUCAAGAUGCUUCAGGGAAUAAGGAAAGGGGAGACUGAUGCAGAGGACUUGCAGCUUCUAGAAGAAUCUUGCUCCAUGAACAAGCAGGAUUCUUUGGUAGUCUGGCUCUAUCCGAGAAUUAAUGAUGUGGAGAAAGUAAAUGAGGAGAGAAUGAAAAGCUUGGGUGAGAGUACUGUAACUUAUGCAGCUGCUGAUAGUGGCCUCGAACAUAGGAAGAAACAACUCAACCAAGGGAUUGUACCUGACCAACUUGUACUCUGUGUUGGUGCAAGGGUAAUGUUGAUCAUGAAUUUGAAUAUUGAACGUAAUCUUUGUAAUGGUGCCACUGGUACAGUUACAGGAUUUGUUCCUUUAGAGGAUAAAAAUGCUAGAAAUUCUGAUAUUCUCUUCCCACAAGUUAAAUUUGAUCGUGGACCUGAGCUCUUGAUUGAACCUCAAAAAUUUGAAAUUUUUGAGGGAGAUAUUGUAGUUGCUUGGAGAUAUCAGAUACCUUUGAUAUUAGCAUGGGCUAUCAGCAUACAUAAGUGCCAAGGGAUGACUCUUGAUCAUGCUCAAACAGAUCUCUCAAGGGCUUUUGGCUAUGGAAUGGUCUAUGUGGCACUUUCCCGAGUAAGGAGCUUGGAAGGCCUUCAUUUGUCUGGUUUCACUCCAUCAAAGAUCAAGUUGUAAGUCAUCAUUGCUGGUAAAUAACAAUGCUCUUUGUAGAAAAUUUCAAAAAGGUAUAAUGAAGGUGCUCUUCUUGGACAGAAUUUUGGUUUUGUAACUUAUCUAUUGAAGAUUGCAUUUAUCUACUGUUACUAUCGGUAAGUCCCACACUGCUUGAAAAAAGCAAUUAAAAGGAAAAGAAAUUGAGGUAAUCUGCUGUCCUGCUUUCUUGUUCUCGUUCUCUAAUCCUGUUCCAUCCUCGUUGUCACAUGUUCAAGAAAAUUUCUUUGUGAUGGCUUUAAGCGGAAAACAAGAUUGCGGCUAGCGAGGAAGUUAUUUUUAGGUUGAAUUGGUAUUUGAUUGAUGAGUUUUUUUUCACCUUUGUUUUCAAGUAUGUGUUUCUAACUGUAUUGCUUUAGUCACAACUUGGUUUCACUUUUUGUUGAAUAUUUCUGAUUAUAAGUUAAAUUUUUGUAAUGAUUUAUUCUUUCAGAAAUUAGUUUGUUAAUUUAAUUUUUAAAUUUAAAUAUAAAAAUCAAACUACCCUAAUACAUACACACACACACACACACACCCUAAUCUAUAUCUUUGUCUAGAACCCCCCAAAAAUACCACAUCUUUCCAAUUUCACAAACAUGAAAACUAUCAAUUUAAUUCUUCAAUUCCUCUGUCCUUGCAGCCGCCGCCGCCAUCUUCCAAAUACCAAUUUCUACGAAGAUGGAACAAUUUUGUUAGAAUAAUUUUGUUGAUUUGAAAAGCCUAGACUCCCCAAAAAUUAACCACCCUUCUUGUUUCAUGUCCACAUUUACAGUCUGAGCAAGCAAAAAGAGCUGCUGAGAAUGCAACACAAAGUGCAACAGAUGAACCAAGGCCAGAACCAAGUGGAAGUUCAGAAGAAACGGCUAUGGUGGCAGGUUUAAAUCUGAGAUGGGUCAGCAUUAAAAAGGUACAACAUCCCCUAUGGAAUUUGGCCUCUAGAAUUGAAAAACCCAGAUGGGUCUGCACCUCAUGCGUAAGAAUUGUCAAUGCCUUAAAAAAAUACGAGAUACGUCGCAAAGGAGUUGAAUUGAGAGAGAAGAUAUUGAAGGAAAUGUUUAGAGAGAUUUUGUUAGAGGAAAAGAAAGUUGAAGACAGGUGCGUGGACGUAGAAUUGAUAGGGAGAAAUGAUGUAAAGAGCUUCAAUACCCAAGUAAAAAAUGAGUAGAGGGAUAAUACUUUUGUGGAUUAUUUGGCUGAGUGAAAAUGGCGAAAGGCAUUGCAAAUUUUCUUGAAUGAACGGUGGAGAGAUCAUGAUCCGAUAGGAAUUUAAUAUUUUUUUUUUUUUUUAGUUGUUAUUAGUGAUUUGGUUUAAAUGAGUAAAAGAAUAGCAAUUAAGUU